CCUUUCGAUAUAGCUAAAAAGCUCAAGCGGUCGUGGGUGGAGGUUCAAAAAAUUAAAAGUAGAUGGAGGGCACAGAAGCGCAAGGAGGGGCUCACGACUACUCGACCGGCCGUCAAUCUGAGGCCCAAAGAGGAACAAGACGUAGAGGCACCGGCAAGCCGGGGAAGAAGAUCCAUCAGGAACAGAAGGGAUAAUGCGACUGACAAUGACAAGGAAACGAAAAAGCUAACCCUUCGCGAGCUGCAAGUCCUAGCAUACUCCAAGUCCUCCCUGCACACUUACAGAUCGGGUGCAUCGCGACGACAAGAUGACACCCGCGGACGAGGACGAGGUUUGCAACGGGAUUGGCGGGGUCGUGGACAGCCCGACAUGCGGCUGCGCAUGAAUGCAAUGCUGGAGAAAAUCAAGAAGGAUUUUGCAUGA